CUUCAGCUAGCGAACCUCAAGGCGCUUUGCAAAUUUACCAGUGAGGCAUCUCCAUCUCUAACAAGGAUGGUGGAGGCAUUCUUCUCUACGACCCAAAUGGACUUCGACUUCGCUCACCACCACUCCCUGUCCCAGUCGCAGUCCCACCCAUUUAUGCUUCUUUCUGGGCCUCCUUCCUGCGGGAAAACGUCUCUACUUUUCCAGUUCGCUUACAACGUCGCGUUAGAAGCUGAGGAUGAUCGCAAAGUGGUCUUCAUAUGCCACCGUAGCAGGAUAGAAAGCGCCCCUCCUUUUCUUUCUCAGGGUAUUCAACCGUCUUCUGAUAUCUUUAAACGCAUUCAAAUGAAGUAUGUUGAAGACGAUGAAGGAAUCAAGAAGUAUUUUGCUGCAUUCCACCUGCAUGAUACAUUUCCUCUAUCUGUGGUUGUUGAUGAUUUUGGAGACUUUUUCUAUGAAAGGAAAUGUCAAGAGAGAUAUGGUAAUCCUCGUGGAAGAGACUUAGCACUGGUUCGGAUUUUAGCUUUGUGCCACAAUGCAGUAAUGUCCUCAAAUGACAAAGGACACUGCAAGCUUUUGAUCUCUGAUACACACCAUGGAGACUCCCCGAGGUUGCUCUUCCUCUAUAAAAGAUGGGUUCCAUCCAUUUUCACGAUCAAAGGUGAUGGCAAUGGAUCAUUUCUUCUAAAAAAUUACAGCAACGUGGGAAGUGACAACACUGAGAAAAUGAAGAUUGCAAAGUACUCGUUAGUUUAUCAGCGCCUAAUGUUGGAAGGGAUAAUUGAGGAUGAGGAGAUAGACAAUCAUGCUGUUGUUAGUUCUAGUGUAGAGCAAUUAAUCGCCGCUAAAUGAUGUUAUAUGAUUCCAACAACAGUACGGGUAUACUAUCAACGAGCAGUUUUUUUGGAUUAUGUGACUUCUAGUUCCAGUUUCCAGUAAAAGAUGUGCCAAUAUGUGUUUAUCUAUACCCUGGUUUUGCAAAUCGAAAUGUUCAUUUCCAGCA